UAAAGCUAAGCAAGCUGCUACCUUGGCCUUCCCUCCAACCCUAGUGGACAGCAGAGCACCGCACGACAUCUACACCUGCACAACUCUCCCUUCAGCGGCUUCUCCCCCUUCACCCAACUGUCCGCGGUCAUCGACUAGCUAUUUUUUUUUCCUGCAUCGACUUCAUAUCGUGCAUUUGCGAAAUCGCCGCUGCCGUCAGCAAUAAGUCUCCAACCACUACCGCCCUCCGCCAACAUCACGUCCACGAUGUCGCAACGUGGCCCAUCCGGCUACGGCGUCGGCGGCCCUUCGUACGGUGCUGCUCCCUCAUCCGACGAUUCUAGCGGCAACUUUCUUGACCAGCUCAGGCCUUAUACUACCAAGGUUGAGGAUGUGCUCGAGUCCGUUAGCGAGCCCGUCAAGCCCUAUCUCCCCGCCAUUGGCCGAUUUCUGAUCGUUGUUACUUUCCUAGAGGAUGCUCUCCGCAUCGUUACCCAGUGGAGUGACCAGCUGCUCUACUUGCGCGAGUACAGACACAUUCCCACCGGAAUUAACCACAUCUUCCUCCUCACCAACGUCAUCGCCAUGAUUAGUUGCUCCAUUCUCGUCAUCACCCGCAAGCACUCUGACUACGCCGUCUUUGGUCUCAUGGGUGUCGUUGUUGCUCAGGCCCUCGGCUACGGUUUGAUUUUCGACCUCAACUUCUUCCUCCGCAACUUGUCCGUCCUUGGCGGUCUCAUCAUGGUCCUCUCUGAUUCAUGGGUACGCAAGACCAAGGCUUUUGCUGGUCUCCCCACAUUGGACGAGAAGGAUCGUAAAAUGUACUUCCAGCUUGCUGGCCGCGUUCUUCUAAUUUUCCUGUUCAUCGGCUUCGUUUUCAGUGGCUCUUGGAGUAUCUGGCGCGUCAUUGUCAGCAUUUUGGGUGCUGGCGCUUGUGUCAUGGUUGUCGUUGGUUUCAAGGCCAAGUUCAGCGCUACUCUCCUCGUUGUUAUCCUCAGUGUUUUCAACCUCUUCGUAAACAACUUCUGGACUCUUCACGAGCAUCACCCCCACAAGGACUUUGCCAAGUACGAUUUCUUCCAGAUUCUCUCCAUCGUCGGCGGCCUUCUUCUUCUUGUGAACAGCGGCCCUGGUCAAUUCAGCAUUGACGAGAAGAAAAAGGUUUACUAAAGAAGUGGCACGGACGAGAGAACAGUCUUAACUGUAAGGCUGUUGCAACAGAACAAACACGCCUCUAACUUCUUGGACAACUUUAACGUGCUACGACUCUCGAAAACUCUUGGAACUCCUACUCUGUAAGACAUAGUGCAACAACCCGGGCUGAAAACCAGUGUACUCUGAAUAGGCAACCCGCCUUUUGUUUUAACACGAGUAUCCGUCACAAUUGCAGUCUCAUAUCUCAUAUAUAGAGAUUUUCUCAUCUUUAAUAAACAAUGGAUCAGAAUUUGAGAUCCGUGUUCAUG